CUGAGAGGGACUGCAUAGAGGAGGAUAACCGGAUUCCAGAUUUUUUAAUGAAAAAAGGCCUUGCUGUUGUCCUGGAGUGCCCAGGAUCCAUCCCCAUGUCUGCAGUGCUUUAUGUUCAUUUUUCAACCAACACUUGAACAGAAUAGGAAGUGCAAAUGAGGUGUUUCCCUCUAUUGGCUCAUCUUCACUGUGCCUCUCUCUCAUUCUGAUUCCUCCCUAUGAUCCCCAAGUGAAGAUGAGUAGCCUGCUGCGAAUAUGACUUCUCUGACUAGUGUCAUUGCCUCCCACCAGUCUGAGUGGGUGUCCUUCAGCGAUGAGCUGCUCCUCCCUGUUAGCCCACGAGCUAGGACUGAGGAGCCUCCAGAGAAAUGUUUUUUUUCAUCAGACACCUCCUCAGAAGAGAACCACAAUGCGGACAGAGAAUUUCAAGAUCUCUCCCACAUAGAGCAAGAAAAAGCAGCUGACCAACCCAAGGUGGAUUCUGCUGUGCUUGGGAACCAUAUGUGUCCCAGCACUGAUUUGUCAUCAUCCAUCAGUACUUGGGUUCAGUUUGAAGAUGCACCAUGGACCAGUGCUCCAUCAAACCAUGCACAAGCAGUGUCUCCAUCAAAAGCACCCAGCUGGACUUGCCCCUCCUCCAGCUCUUCUGAGAAGCAAGCGCAUGCCUCUGAGAGCAGCUGGACAACCAACUCUGAGGACACCAGCAGCCCAAGCAUUGCUCCCUCCUACACAGAUCUGCAGUCAGUUAACACCGAGGACUUGACCAGUGGAAGAACAUCUGCAGCAGACUCGGCUGACAAUUCCUCAUCUCUCCACGAAGAUGAAGAGAUAGAUAUGGAGGCUGUCAACCGGCAGCUGAACAACACCUCCAUGAAUGGGCAUUCAUCUACUCCAACCACAGUUCGCUUUCCCAGCUGGGUGACUUUUGAUGACAAUGAAGUCAGUUUUUCACCACCAAACCUUUCUCCCUUGAAAACAGACACCCCACCUGCAGAAACACAGACUCCAGAUGUUAACUUUAACCUCACUACAUCCUUUAAAAAAAGAGAACGUCCUAAAAGCACACUGGGGGACCUCUCCAAAAUUCAAAAACUCGAUGUCUCCUCCUUAACCAAGUUGCCUUCUGUUGAAACACCACCAUGGAGUGCUACUAAUCCCUUCUUGGAUGAAUCUCUGCGAGAUGUCCAACCAUCACCCAUCAACCCAUUCAGCUCAUUCUUUGAGGAGCGAGACAGGCGUUCCAAAAGCUCUUCUGUCUCCAGUGCUCCAGGCAAAAGCCAAAGAGACUCUCUCAUUAUUCUUCAUCAAGAGUCUGAUAUCAUCAGUUUCCAUGACGCAAGCAAAAAUAUAACCCACACAGAUGCUGUAGAGCAGCUCAAGCAACUUCAGAUUGGAGACCCAGAUCAUGUGAGCAACCCUACCCUGCCUGAUGAUGAUCCCAUGAUGCCAUAUGAUCUGGAUGCAGCUUUUUUUAAUCUGGCACCAGCUCAGCCAAAAGAUGGAUGGCCAAUGAUGCUCAGGAUCCCAGAGAAGAAGAAUAUUAUGUCAUCUAGGCACUGGGGACCAAUAUAUGUCAAGCUGACUGACAGUGGAUGUAUACAGCUUUAUUAUGAGAAAGGACUGGAGAAACCUUUCCGGGAAUUCAAACUUGAAAUCAACCAUGAGAUUUCAGAGCGCAAACUCCAGAACUAUGAUGAGAAUGGGAGGAUACACAGUGUGCGGUUGGACCGCACAACCUACAAGGAGAAAAAGAAGUAUCAGCCUAAACCAGCCAUUGCUCACACAGCAGAGAGAGAGCAAAUUAUAAAACUUGGGACUACAGAUUAUGAAGACUUCCUUAGCUUCAUCAGUGCUGUGCAAGACACGCUGAUGAACUUGCCAGCCUCAUCAACAGAUCUGAGCACAGUAGGACUGAACUAUCAGGAAGAAGAAAUCACAGUUGAUGUCAGGGAUGAGUUUCAUGGCAUCUUGGCCAAAGGGGACAGUGUGAUUCUCCAGCACAGUGUGCUGACCCAUAUCUAUGUUCUCAGCUUCCUUUCUGGCCUGGCAGAAUGCAGACUGGGCCUUAAUGAUAUCCUGAUCAAAGGGAAUGAAAUAGUUGCAAGGCAGGAUAUUAUGCCCACUACUACCACUAAGUGGAUUAAAUUAUACAGCUGUCGAUUCCAUUCAUGUGUGGAUGAAGAUGUGUUUAAUAACUCCCGUAUUAUCCUGUUCAACCCCUUGGAUGCCUGCCGGUUUGAACUGAUGCGAUUCAGAACUGUCUUUGCUGAGAAAACUUUGCCUUUUACUCUGAGGACAGCUGCCAGCAUUAAUGGUGCUGAGGUGGAGGUACAGAGCUGGUUGAUGAUGUCCACUGGGUUCUCUUCCAACCGUGACCCUUUAACUCAGGUCCCUUGUGAAAAUGUGAUGAUUCGCUACCCAGUGCCAAACAAGUGGGUAAAGAAUUUCCGCAGGGAGAGCGUCCUGGGGGAGAAAUCUUUGAAAGCCAAGGUGAACAAGGGGGCCACUUUUGGAUCAACCAGUCUGUCUGGUUCUGAGCCAGUAAUGAGAGUAACUUUGGGAACUGCCAAAUAUGAGCAUGCCUUUAAUUCCAUUGUAUGGAGGAUAAACCGACUGCCUGACAAAAACUCAGCUUCUGGCCAUCCUCACAGCUUCUUCUGUCACCUAGAGCUUGGCUCUGACCGGGAAGUGCCUUCCAGUUUUGUCCGCUACGUAGAUGUGGAAUUUGACAUGCCCACCACUUCUGCCUCCAAAGCCACUGUUCGGUCCAUCUCUGUCGAGGACAAGACCAAUGUGAGGAAGUGGGUCAACUAUUCAGCACACUACAGUUACAAGGUUGAAAUAGAGCGGAAAAAAAGCUUGAAUGAGGAUCUGAAGGGAGAAGAUACAGCAGAUGUCAAUGAAUGUGCUAUGCAGUGAAGGAAGACUAGUCUGCAAGUCACAAGAGGGGUGGUCAAAUUUAAAAAACCUGGAAGAAAGAACUUGCAGGGAUUUGGUAUUUUUCUCAAAAUAUGCAGUACUACUCUCAAAAUAAUGCUCUGAAGGGUAUUAUUUUUCCUUGUGAUAAUCCGUACUUCGAGAAGAAGCUUGUAUGUGGUUUGUUUGGAGUGGACCCAUGGAACGAUUUAAGUACAUUUAGGGGAUAGACAGAAUGACUUGUAUUACAGUCAAGCCCACCUUUUCUGCCUCUUCACCAUUUAGUUUCUGCACUGAAGUAUGGUCUGACAAGCAUCACAGUCAAACCAGAAAGCAGCCUUUAUCUCACUUACGAUGUUGCCCUCGUAUAUUAAGCUUUUUUUGUUGUUGUUGUUAUACUCCCGUUGGUUUGGUCAUUGGCAGAUUCACUUCCUUCUGAACUGCCAAAUAAAACCCAGGCAGCAUCAGGUGAAAAAUGAUGUAAAAUCUCAUUUCUGAAGUGAUCAACAGAGUGAAAACACUGAGCAUCAUUCUGAAGAAUCAACAGACUCUGCAUCUUAAACAUAGUAAAUGGUCAAGCACAUGAACUACAGACAGGACAGCUAAUCAUGUAGCUGUUCUUCUAUUCCCUCCUUGCUGCCUCAUCCCCUGAAUGACAACGUCAUUGUGCACAUUUUCAUGGGUCUGCACAAGUUACAAGAAAGUCUCUGCAAUUUCUUAAAACAUUUAUUUGUUAGUCUGUUCUACUAUCUUGACUGAACAUGGUAAUGGCUGCUAGUAACAGGGAAUGUAUAUUAUAGAGGUGAUACAGGAGGGACUUGGCUAAGAUUAGAUCAUUCCUGCCUAGAAAGAUAUUUAAGGGAGAAACACUAGGGUUUGGGUUUGGAAUUUUUUAUGUUUUCUGGGGUGGGAAAGGUGGGUGGUUAUUGAAAAUGUAAGAACAAAAUUACUUUAACAGACAAUGCUGUUUGCCUUCCUGAAAAUCCUUGGAAGUCUGUCCAGCACAAUAUCACUUUCAUUUUCUGUCUUGAACCUACAACAGAAGUAACUUGUAUCUUUAUAAAACCCCCACUAACUGGCACCUAAAAUCUCUUUGCAAAAAUUAAUAACAAGCUUCUAUCAUGGAGACUUUUUUAUCUCCACUUAGCUGAAGGUAACAGCAAGUCUUCAAACUAUUUUCUAAAUAAAAAUGCAGAAGGCAAAAUUCUUAUUCACAUUCAUAUAAAUUUUAGAGAAAACAAGGUUCAAGGUACCCAAUUUUUAUAGUUGUUUCCCUGGCUUGUGUAAUAUUUCAUGUUCAGGUAAUUUUAAAUGUAAAAAGAAAAAAAAAUAUUAAAUCAUUUACCUUUUGAAAGGUUACUGCUGACUUUAAAAUCACACAUUCAGAAAGCCUUGACAAUGUAAUUGAAAUUCAGAAUGAAUGAAAAUGCAAGCUUUUUUCUAAAUUUAUAGAUUUAUUUUACAUUUAAUAUAACAGAAAAUUAAUACAUUCUCAAUUUGCUACUUUCACUGUGACUCCUCUAAGAAUCACUACAAUGUUAAAAUCCCAAAUGAAACGUGAUUAAUUACAUUUAGCCUAAAACUGGUAGUGGUAGAAUUUAAAACAAUUAUCAAGAACUUAUAAAUGCCUUUUUGUAUGCACCUAAAUUUCAAUCCUAGGUGAACUUAGUGACAUAUAUUUACACAGGUACACUUCUGUAAAUACAUAAAGUCUCAGUCCUUCUAGGAAUUUAUAAUAAGUAUGUAAUAUUCUGCUGCAGAUAGUUCUACUGAAGCCCAGGGAGCUGCCCAGAGCCAUCCAGUUAGUACUAAGCUUUUGCAGCAUCUCUCUGUAAAUGGAAGAAUACCAUCAACUUUUAUGAACCAUUCAUGACUAAUUCUCAGCUCUGUUACAGGCUGGCUGUGGUGAGUUGCAUGGCAACUCCUUUGUAAGAUUCACUGUUCUUUUCAAAGAACUUCUGUGUGGUUUUCCUGUUUUUCACUGUAGCUCCUAGUUUCUGAAAAGGACCAGCAAGAAAUCCAACAAAACCAAGUUGAAGGAGUGCUGAGAUGUUGCUGAGGAAGUGCAGGAAUGUUUUGUGAAAGAAACAGUCAGGAGAUAUCGUACUCUGAUCUACGGGCUCAGUGCCUGAAUAUUUGCCUAUUGCCUCCCAGCCCUUGAAAACACAAAUAAGUAAUAGCAAAUAAACAAUGUUGUACUCCUUGAAGAGAGGAGAGAAUCGAAGGAAUGUCAUUUUCCAUCUCUGAAUUCUUAAACUAUUCAGUCUUUAUCAUACUCCAUCUACAGAGUAUUUCAUGCCCACAAAACUGAAAGAUGAACAUCAGAAUUUUCUGGAUUUACUUAAUUUCUCAACCUUUUCAUCACUGAUUUAUUUUUUUUUAUUCAAAGCUAAUGAAUUAAAGUGUAUGAGUCUGUCUCUGAUCUCUCUCAUGUAGUUAGUAGUACAAGAGACGUAUCCCUUUCAGUCCUUCCAUGGAGUUAUGCAGGCAAAACUGCAAAAGUGUUCUGGUUUAUAAAAAAGUUAUUUUAAUCCAUUCUGAUCACUGAAGAACAUUUUUCUGAUCGACCUGCCACUGAAUUUUCAAGAGCAAAGUUUCAAAAGGUCUUAUUUCCCAGUGAAGCACUGAGGUAGUUUGAUUUUUCAAACGAGCACUAACAGCUUUAGAAAACCUAGUGUUGGUAUCACCAGGUGUCACUACUGAAUUCCUUUUUCAGUCCAGCACCAUUACAAGCACUGAGCAUUUGAACACCAGGAUCCAAAGUGCCCUUUUUGAGGCUUCCAGUGUUCUUGCUUGAUUAAACAGUGCCAAUUUUUCAGUGUUAGAUACUGUCACAUAUGAACUUUAUGUACAUGAACCAUAUACUCUUCAUCCCUGGGGCUACAGCAGUAAUUCAGACAGACUGCUGAUGGAGUGAGGGGACAAGAUCUGAGAGGUUUGUCAGUUUUAGAGGAGAAAUAAUUUAGAUACAAGCUAUGCUUGUAGUGGGAAUGAUUUUUUUUUUUCCUUCUUAUCUGGGGAAAAAUCUCUUUGAAUAGUUUCAGUAUAAUGCUCCUUUUGAAAAAGAUAUCAUCACUGUCCUUUGGUGUAUUUGAAAGCUUUGUAGUACUCCAUGCAGGAAAUGUGCCUUCAAGGUAAGCAUUCAUUUACUCCCUGAAGCUAGUCCCACUUUCAGCUUUCUUUCUAUUUUUCAUGAUGGUUUUGUUUCAUUUUUUACUGUGGUAAGACUUGAAGUAUUGCAGGGAAUUUUGUCUAGAAAAAUAAACAGUCUUUGAUCACAGGAGGUAAAGAUGAACAACACCUCUGGGCAGCUGAACUUAUUUUAGUGAAUACUUCUUACAUUUAUUAACUAUGGACACCUCCUAGCAAAGGAAAAUGGGCAAAUUCAGCUGAGAAAUAUUGCAACUGACUGGUGUUAUUUUUGUCCUUUAUUUUAUUUAGACUCAAAUUUAGUCAUCCCAUGAAAGAGACAGAUAUAGUAGUAUCAUAAGGAACUGCAGAAAUAAUUUACCUUUUCUGGUGGGUGGCUGGUAUAUGUACUUGAUAGGACAUCCAAGACCUGUUGGUCUAUGUGUCCACAUGAUGUAGUAGCUGCUAAAACUCCCUCUUGAUCAUUCACCUCCCAGGACAGAGAGCAAUUGCAUGAAAGCAAGAGGAAGAAGUGUAUAAAGCUCAGCCUGGAGGUACUUGCUCUGUUGCUUCCAUUAAAUUCUCAGUAAUUUCCUUCGCCCUUGAAUGCACACAAACUAAUCAAGCCCUUGACAGGUCACCUCUGCUCCAGAAGGUGAAAAAUUCCUUUCAGUGACUCUUUGCAGCUUGUGUCUAGAGCUGUACUCAUGUCCAGAACUAGCCAGCACACGAAUUUGCAGCACACAGAGAUCAUUUAUGGAUGAAGUGUUUACUCUGUUCUGCCACUAAAGUUCAAUCUACACGAUGAGCUCUCUGAGAUACAAAAUUUUGUGUGGUAACAGGCAAAGCUGUUCCUGUUCUUCCUGUUUUGUCCAGCCACCCACACAUCCAUCCAUCCAUCCAUCCAUCCAUCCAUCCAUCCAUCCAUCCAUUCAUCCAUUCAUCCAUCCAUCCUCCCAUCCUCCCAUCCAUCCUGCCCUCCCUCCAUCUCUCUCCUAUACUGGCAGUUCAUUCUUUGCACUAUUGACAUUGAUUGGUUUGAUGAUUAUUUUGUAACAUGUUCCUACCUUUUUGUUUUGUAAAAUAAGAAAGUCUAUACACUGGCUAACUUUGUAGAAGUGUUUUAUCUUUUUAUUUUAUCAGGUUAAAUGGGAUGUCAUAUUUUGUUUGAACUAUGGGAAAACUUAAAUAAAUGUUAAAAUGAAA